AUCUGGAGCAGAUGAGUACUUGGAAUGUGGAGCGUAUCAUCAGCAUUCGAGACAUUGUGUGCAAAAUGCCUUUCAUAGUCAAGGACACAAAUAUAGUCAAUCAAAACAAGGCCAGUCUUCACUCAAACGCAGCUGGAAAGCCAAAAGGGAGCCCACGUACAAAAACAGGUGCAGAAACUGCUACCGGUCCAAAAGUUGAGACAGGUGCAGAAACAGGUCCAGAUGUGGUUGAUGAUGCGGGACGAGGCAUUGAUGUGGAUUUGGAUGGGGCCGAAAGGGGGCGUAGUUCCUGGCAGGAGGGGCACUCGGAAACAGGCACGGACACGCCCGCACGCGCACGCACCCAGGAGAGUGUCAAUAGCCCACCCCAUGCGAAAGAAGGGGAGGCAGAGCACACACCACAGGACACGAAAGGGGGAAACGAGCUGCAUGUUAAGUCGCUGAGGCUCAGGAUAACCAUUCCGUACGAGCACCGGCUGCUGAAGCUGGUGAAUGUAUCACUGGAGCCCAUCAACAAUCUGAAGCGCCUAAAAGCCAGGACAAAAAGUCCAAAAACUGAAAUCAAGGACACAUUCUCGGAGAUGCCCGCACUGUCCCACAAAGCCGCGACGAAGGCACCCAUUACUGACAAGCGGAUUUACCCAUGGCGACUAAUUAUCAGUACCAUUCAAUUGACUGUGGCGGUCACCCCAGAGACUCUAGUCAUCAUCGAGAUGGAGCAGCCAUUGGAUGUUGAGAUUGCUCAU